UAUGUAUUGUCGUUGCAGAGGCCCCGCACUUUUGCCCGGUAGGAUCUUAAUUCACCGAGUCUUCUUCUUCCCCGGAAUCGACUCAGACUCGACCCAGAGUCGUGGAGCAGAAUGGCAUCUGUUCAGGAUUUCCAGCUUGCAGCCCUUGCUGCUGGCUUCACACUUGGCUUCGGCUUCCUGACAGUAUGGGAGGCAAUCAAGCAGACGCGACGGAAUCACAGCCCGUUACGCUCUGCCUACAUUUACAUGGUAUGGGGUGAGAUUCUGGUCAACGUCUGUAUUGGAAUCGUUGGAUGGCUCUUUCUCAAUGACGCAAUUGGGCCGACUGUACCAGUCUUGUUCUCCAUCCUGUUCUUCUGGGUGUUUGAGAUUCAACUGCUCAUGCAAAUCAUCAUCAAUCGAAUCGCACUCAUCGCCGAGCACCGCAGUACGAUUAAGAAACUCAAAUGGGGUACCUUCAUCUUCAUCACUGCCAUCAACAUUGCCGUCUUCUGCAUCUGGAUCCCUUCACACACGAACCCCCCUCUCAACGACACCUUCGUCAAGAUCAACAAUAUAUGGGACAAGAUCUCCAAAGUUCUUAUCCUCAUUGUCGACGCAGCACUGAACUGGUACUUCCUGCGCACUGUCAAGAUUCGGCUGGUGAACCAGCACGGCCUAACCAAGUAUGCGCCGCUCAUCAGCUUCAACGGCAAGCUCAUGAUCAUCUCCAUCGCCAUGGACGCCCUCCUUAUCGGCCUCAUGUUCCUCCGCAACCAAGUCGUCUACAUCCAAUUUCACCCCGUCGCCUAUAUGGUCAAGCUCAACAUCGAAAUGUCCAUGGCCUCACUCGUCGUCCGCCUCGCUCAGGGCAAGUCCCAAAACGACAUGGGCCCCGAGGAAUUCCACAGCACCACCGAUCCCGAAUCGCAUUCGCGCUCUGCCGCCGCUGCAAAGUCCCUGCAGCUUACCAACCGCUCUAAGCGCAACCAACCUUCGAAUAUGCGCAGCGCGGGUCUUAGCAAGAUCGAUAGCGACGAGAGUCUCGAUCUUGGGGGGAUUCAGUGCCACACUGAACUCCGUAUUACACACGAGGAUCGCAAGGAUACGACUGAUAGGAGGGAUUUUGUGGAGAGCAGCUCGAGGAGCAGUAAUGAUGCGGCUGCGCUCAGCGUGUUUGGGGAUGAGACGCCCUUGCAUAAGAAGACAUUUAGAGUGCAGGAGAAAGAGGUGUAAUGAGACAUAUUUUCCUUUGUUUGGCAUAAUUAGAUAGAACUGCGUUCUUAGUUCGUAGUAAUGAUACCCGUCUGUUAGCGGCUUUUGUAAUAUAUGACUGGAAAUUCUUGAUACUGCUUUUCUUUCUCUGUGUUUUUGUUGUCAGGGGUGUAGCCAAAUCACAUAUCAGGAUCAUUGCAUCAAGAGCUACUGGGGCUGGAGAUACAACUUUACAUAGACCAAUAUUAAGAGCAAA